AUGGAAGCCAAAAAGAUCAUCGAGAAUGUACAGGGGAUCAACGGCGGACAGACGACGAAUGGCACUCUCCGCCUAACCGACUACCACAUAGUGUUUUGCGCGCCGAUUAGCCCUCCUGCCGAGCUGACCAAGGCAACGCCCGCCGCGCCGCCCAAAACGCGAGAGCGAUGGCUCACAUUUCCCAUUUUCAGUCACUGUACCUUUCGGCCGACACCGCCGGGCUCUAGGCAGGCCUCGUCCAUCCGAAUUCGCUGUCGCGACUUUACGUUCAUCACAUUCAACUUUGCGAACAGUGAAGCGGCCAGGGAGGUCUUUGAGUUUAUCAAGGUCCGCACAUGCAAGCUUGGCACCGUGGAGAGGCUCUUUGCCUUUGCGCACAAGCCUCUCCGGAAUGAGCGUGAGGUCGAUGGCUGGCACAUAUAUGACCCCAGAGCCGAGUUUAGGCGACAGGGCAUCAGCGAGAAGCUGCCUGACAAGGGCUGGCGGAUCACCAACAUCAACAAGGACUACACAUUCUGCGAUACAUACCCAGCAGUCUUGGUCGUUCCGUCCAAGAUAUCGGAUAAUGUCCUGAAAUACGCCAAGGACUUUCGCUCGAGAUGCCGCAUACCGACUCUAUCGUACAUUCAUCCCGUCAACAACUGCACCAUUACAAGAAGCUCGCAGCCCUUGUCAGGUAUCACUAGAAAGACAAACGUGCAGGAUGAAAAGCUAGUCGCUGCUUCAUUCUCCGUUUCUGUGUCUGGUGGCUCAGAGAGCGGCACGCCCAUGUCUAGUCAGCUGGAUGUUUCAAGCGCGGGCUCUAGCCAAGCUCCGGAGCUGAGCGAAUCGGAUAAAUUUGAGGAUGAGAUGAUUGCACAAUCUGUCCUCAUGUAUGAUGAGAAGACUGGCAAGAGACUUGUGUAUGGUGCUCAGCAGAGCAACUUGAUUGUUGAUGCUCGGCCAACGAUCAAUGCCGUCUUGAAUCAGGUUCAAGGUAUGGGUUCAGAGAACAUGGACAAGUACAAGUUUGCGACCAAGAUUUUCCUUAGCAUUGAGAAUAUCCACGUCAUGCGCAGCUCCCUCAACAAGGUGGUCGAAGCCCUCAAAGAUGCCGAUAUAUCUCCUCUCCCCCCAAACAGGGAGCUGUUACAGCAGAGUAAUUGGCUCAAGCAUAUACACGACGUCCUCGCUGGCUCCGCUAUCAUUACUCGUCAGGUCGGUAUCAAUCACUCUCAUGUAUUGAUACACUGUUCCGACGGCUGGGAUCGUACAAGUCAGUUGAGCGCGCUUUCACAAAUCAUGCUUGAUCCGUACUACCGAACAAUCGAGGGCUUCGUGGUACUGGUCGAAAAGGAUUGGAUGUCUUUUGGUCACAUGUUCCGAUUACGUUCUGGACACCUCAAUCACGAUGAUUGGUUCUCAGUGCAGCGGGACGCCUUUGCUGGCACCAAAGUGAACCCGGGCGAGAAUGAUGGCCGCACCGACGCUUUCCAAAACGUCAUUAGCGGCGCAAAGCGUUUCUUCAACCCAAAUAAAGAUGAGGAUGAGCCAGACGUAGCUAGUGAAGCGGCAUCUGGCAAAGUGGUAAACGAAGAGGCUACGACGCCCAAAAUGGUCAGCCCAGUCUUUCAUCAGUUCUUGGACUGCACCUACCAGCUCAUUCGUCAGUAUAAGGAUCGAUUCGAGUACAAUGAGAGGUUCCUACGACGCCUACUCUACCACCUAUAUUCUUGCCAGUACGGCACCUUUCUGUAUAACUCGGAGAAGCAGCGUGUCGACGCCAGAGUCAUGGAGCGGACCUCGUCCGUUUGGGACUACUUCCUGUGCCGAAAGCAAGAAUUUACCAACCCCGAUUACGACCCUACUAUCGAUGACCACGUCAUAGGCAAAGAACGCAUUAUCCUUCCCCGACUCAAGGACAUCCGUUGGUGGUACCAAGCUUUUGGCCGUACUGACGAUGAGAUGAAUGCUACCCUCGACGCUUUCGCCCUGAGCGAGAGUGAGAGGCAGGCGGCCGUCUCGCGACUCCACAACUCGGGGACGCCCUCGCUGAAUUCAAAGCCCCCAAGCCUCACCACAAGUCAAUCGGUCUUGACUGCAGUGGAAACCGCUCACCAGACGCUCACGCCGCCGUCGAAUCCUUCACUUAAACGCAGUGUCUCGGCGGAGGGCAUGGGUACGAGCGCAGGCCUGAGCGCCGGCGCCUUUGCGGCGCUUCGUGAUGGCAUCGCGAACAUCAACAUUGGGAAAAGUGUAUUUGCAAGUGCCACGCCAGCAGAGGAGGCAGCCUCGUCCGCGUCCAACCCGAAACCAGAACAAGAAAUGCAGGAGAUGACGUAG